UCUAUAUUUCUUCACCAAAAUCUCUUAACAUAAGCACAUAUUUUCUUCUACUUUUAUAUUUCUAGCCAUGGUUUCUUCAGACACUGCUAGAAAUGUUGUUGGCAUUCUUGGGAACAUCAUCUCACUCUUCUUGUUCUUAUCGCCAGUGCCAACUUUUGUGCAAAUAUGGAAGAAAAAGGCAGUGGAACAGUACUCAGCAACUCCAUAUCUCGCCACACUGGUGAACUGCAUGGUGUGGGUACUGUACGGAUUACCAAUGGUGCACCCAAAAAGCUUGCUGGUUAUAACCAUAAAUGGAACAGGAACAGCAAUUGAGAUUAUCUAUAUAAUUAUAUUUAUCAUUUAUUCAGACAAGAAAAAGAGAUUGAAAGUGGUUCUAAUAAUUAUAGUUGAAGUAGUUUUUGUUGCUGUUCUUGCUCUUCUCGUACUAACUCUAGCCCACACCACCAAGAAAAGGUCUAUGAUUGUCGGAAUUGUCUGCAUCUGCUUUAACAUCGUCAUGUAUGCCUCACCAUUAUCAGUCAUUAAAAUGGUGCUUACAACAAAAAGUGUGGAGUACAUGCCGUUUACACUAUCUCUUGCUGCCUUUGCCAAUGGUCUUGCCUGGAGUUGUUAUGCUUUCAUCCGUUUUGACCCCUUCAUCAUUAUUCCAAAUGGGCUGGGUACACUGUUUGCACUGGCCCAACUGGCCCUAUAUGCAGUGUUCUACAAAUCAACAAAGAGGCAGAUGGAAGCAAGAAAAGGGAAAGUGGAAGUGGGACUAUCAGAAAUAGUUGUAAAUGGCAAUGCAAAUUCGAAAAGAACAGGUCCUGAACCUCUCAAUUAAUACAAUCAAACAGUAGUUCAAAUACUUUAUUUUUCUCUACUUAUUAUUAUUAUUAUUGUCUUGUUUACUCUUUGUAACACCAUUUUGGGUAACACAUAAAUAGUACAAUGUGCUAUGUUUGCCCAGCAAUGGUUUUUUUUUUUGGCCUUAUAUAAUCAAGUUUAUGUUUUGGUAA